AUGGGGCAAAAAAGAGAUUACUCAGAGGUUGGCUCGCCUGAACCUCGAGAGCGCGGAUCGUUCAACGGCGCCAAGAAGCACAAACACAGCAGCAAGUCGAAGCAUCGACCGAACGAGGGAACUUCAACAUGGGCCAAGAAGAGAACGCGCACGAUCGAGCGACUCCUCAACCGAAACCAAGACCUUCCUGCCGAUGUUCGCAAUGAUCUCGAGCGAGAGUUGGGCGCACUCAAGAACACAGUCUCAGACAAGAACUUCCAGAGGCUACGAAGCGCAAUGAUUACAAAAUACCACAUGGUUCGCUUCUUUGAGCGAAAGAAGGCAGCGCGAUUAGUAAAGCAGCUGCGCAAGAAAAUUGGAGAGACGGAAACUACAGAAACAGAUGAGAUCGAGGGAUUGAAGCGCGAUCUGCAUGUUGCCGAAGUGGAUGAGGCAUACACUCAGCAUUUUCCCCACGCCGAACCUUACAUCAGCCUAUACACCAACACCAAAUUAGACAAGAACGAGGAAGACAAGGACGACGACAAGCUCGAUUACACACCUCUCAAGCACAGAGGUUUGCUGCAUACAGAACGACCGCCGAUGUGGUCAGAGGUCGAACGAGCGAUGAAGAAUGGUCCCCAUGCGCUUCGAACCCUGAGGGAGAGACGCCCAGCUGAAGAGGCACAAGAAGGAAAGCAACAAGAGCGCCACCUGAACAAGCACAAGGAGUCGACAAGCACAAACAAGGCUGCAGCGACUUCGAAGGUGCAGCCAAAGGAGCAGGUCAAGCCAGAGCCCGCCAAACCCAGACCUACGCCCUACACCAAGGGCAAGACAGGGGCUGCCCCGAAAAACCGCAGGGAGCGCAGACUCCAGGAGCGCCAGGGUGUAAAGAUGACCGUUAAGGGCGACGAUGACGAUAGUGAUGAGGGUGGUUUCUUUGAGGAUUAA